AUGGCACCUCCGGAUCUACCAGCCACUCCAACCCUUACGGUCGCGCACAGCGGAAUACCAGAACGCCUGCUCCAAAAAGCAACUCUAGCGAAAUCACUCAUAUACAAUGGGAAAACCGUCUCGGAUACCGCUACGCUUCAGCGAGGUCUUCCCAUCCCUCAAGGCAUUUCCAAGCCCGCCUUCCUCUCCGCAAUUGAUGAGCUACGCAACCUGCUUGGAGCGAAACACGUUUUGCUCAACGACAAAGAGAUCAAGAAUGGCUGGUACAUGGAGUCCCCGAACACUCACGACAUGAUGCCACUCUUCGACUCCGAAGAAUUCAUCGCAUCUGCAGUAGUAUAUCCCGGUUCAGUAGACGAUGUCAAAAUCAUCGUAAAGUGGGCGAACAAGCACCUAAUACCUCUCUUUCCCAUAAGCAUAGGUCGGAACCUUGGAUACGGUGGCUCAGCUCCACGUGUACGGGGCUCUGUCACCAUUGAUCUUGGACGUCGCAUGAAUCGCAUUCUCGACAUCAAUGCCGAUGACUUCACUUGCCUCGUUGAACCAGGGGUGACAUUCUAUGCACUCCAUGAGGAGCUUGUGAAACGUGGGCUGGACGACAAGAUGUGGAUUGAUACACCCGACCUUGGAGGUGGUAGCGUGAUUGGAAAUACUUUGGAUCGCGGGGUGGGGUAUACGCCGUAUGGAGACCACUGGGCGUGCCACUCGGGCCUGGAAGUUGUGUUACCUAGUGUUGGAGAGAAGGGAGAUGUCAGCGUAUUGAGGACAGGAAUGGGUGCGCUGGGUGUUGGAGGGGAGAAUACGUGGCAGUGCUUCCCUUACGGGUUUGGGCCGUACAAUGACGGUAUCUUCUCCCAAUCGAACUUCGGUAUUGUUACAAAGAUGGGUAUGACUCUGAUGCCAAACCCCGGAGGCUUCGAAUCUUUUAUGUACACCUUCGCCAACGAAUCCGACCUCGCCCCCCUAAUCGAGAUUAUCCGCCCCCUCCGCAUAUCCAAUAUCCUCGAGAACGUCGCCCAAUUGCGACACGGCUUGCAAACCCUCUCCGUCAAAGGACAUCCUCGUACUAAAUAUUUUGCUGGAACCGGUCCUAUGCCGGACGAUGUUGUUCGCAAACACCUUCGCACAACCGCUACGGGUGAAUGCGCCUGGGUGUACUAUGGCAUGUCGUACGGCCCGGCGCAUAUUCGUGGCCACAAGCUUGACAUCAUCGAUAAGGAAUUUCACCGUAUCCCAGGUUGCAAACGUAUUGACCCGUCAACACUGCCUGCGGAUGAGUAUUUCUGGUCGAGGGACAGGAUUGCGAGCGGAACGCCAGACCUAGAGGAACUGAAGUGGGUUAACUGGAUGCCAAAUGGCUCUCAUAUCGCGUUCAGUCCUGUUUCUCCCAUCAGAGGCAAGGAUGCGGAUAACUUGUUCGCGCUGGCGAGGAAGAGGCAUGCGGAGGCAGGCAUUGAUCUGAUGCCUGCGUUUUGUGUCGGGCUCCGCGAGAUGCAUCUGAUUGUUGAGAUUGUGUUCGAUGCAGAGGACGAGGAGAUGAAGAGAAAGGCGGAAGAAUGCUUGAGGGGUAUGAUCGACGAUGCUGCGAAGCUUGGCUAUGGCGAGUAUCGCACGCACCUAGCGCUUAUGGAUCAGGUUGCUGGGACUUACAGUUGGAAUGACAGCGCGCUGAUGAAAUUUAAUAACACCCUUAAGGACGCCAUCGACCCGAACGGUAUUCUAGCGCCGGGAAGAUGCGGUAUAUGGCCCGAGAGAUACCGGAAUAGGGGAUGGGAGCUGAAGGGUGGCGAGACCAGUACUGAAGGUGAGGGUGUUGCGCCAGUUGGUGGGCAGUCGAAGAUGUGA